CGGUGCCGCAGAUGACCCUGAACACGCAGCGUGGGAGCAAGAGCCCGCUGCGGAGGAGGGCCAGCACCCCUCUCCCGCGGCCGGGGGUACCGGGUGCCACGUCCCAGGCCGAGCCCUGCCACCCCCAGCUCGGUCACUCCACGUCCGAACCGGGUGGCAGGGCAGCAGCACCCCGGGGAAGGUGGUCCUCUGAGUCCUCAGGCUCCUCCAGCUCCUGGGAUCCCCUGUACCGCGUGGUGCUGCUGGGUGACCCCGGUGUGGGCAAGACCAGCCUGGCCAACCUCUUCGCUGGCGUCCAGGAGCGGGACCUGCUGGAGCAGCACGGAGAGGCUGCGUACGAGCGCACGCUGUCUGUGGAUGGUGAGGAGACCACGCUGCUGGUGAUGGACACCUGGGAGCCGGAGCAGCGGGGUGAGGACAGCAGGCACCGCAGCCAGUGCCUGAAGGUGGGGAACGCCUAUGUCAUCGUCUACUCCGUCACUGACCGGGGCAGCUUUGAGAGUGCCUCGGAGCUGCGCAUCCAGCUGCGCCGCGUGCGGCAGGCCGAGGACAUCCCCAUCAUCCUGGUGGGGAACAAAACUGACCUGGUGCGGUGCCGCGAGGUCUCCGUUGAAGAGGGCCGUGCCUGCGCCGUGGUGUUUGACUGUAAGUUCAUUGAGACGUCGGCGGCUCUGCAGCACAACGUGGCCGAGCUCUUCGAGGGAGUGGUGCGGCAGAUCCGCCUGCGCCGUGGGGGCAAAGAGGCUCGCAUGCACCCCAAUCCCAGCCAGAAGCGCAAGGAGAGCCUCACCAAGAGAGCCCGGCGCUUCCUCGACAGGCUGGUGGCCAGGAACACCUGCAAAGUGGCCCUCAAAGUCCGUUCCAAGUCCUGCCAUGAUCUGUCCGUGCUCUGA